AUGGAUUCUGUGGGACCUCGGGCAGUCAAGCGGAAUGAAGACAAACCGUCCUUUCUCUCCCUCCCGGGCGAAGUCCGCAACGCCAUUUACGCUCUCCUCCUCCCGGACUCAGGAUCAACAAUAUCCCUGGGCAAGCAAUAUGACUUCAAGACCUACUGUGUCUUCCGUUCCGCACCCUUCCACACGGCACUAUUCCUGACAUGCCACCAAGUCCGUCAUGAAGCAUCUUCACUCUUCUACCCUUGCAACACCUUCUGCAUCUCCAGGCCUACCCAGCUUACCCUCUAUAUCCGCGACCUAACAACUCAUACCCGUGAUCAGCUCUCUCAUCUCUCAAUCUCAGUAACUCUAUCCCUAAGCAGUCUGUCCCGCCGUCGGCGAGCCAAGUCCCUUACAUCGACUGACUUCCCACCCAAAGGACGAAACGCCAAUGCAAUCCUCACCCAGAAUCGGGAUCUGAAACAUCUGUCGAAAUUCACGGCCCUAAAGCUCCUGAUCAUUUCCCUCAACAUCGAGGCCUGCGAUCUGCAGCGCUACCUCGCACCAUCUCACGUCACGUUCUUGGAUGAUCUAGUCCCACGCAAUGCAGAAAUCAGGCUCGAGGUUGGCAAAUGCGCCCACUGUCUCCACUGGCACGAUUCCACCAGCAAUCCGCUGGCGAUAGAUGAUGUGGAGAAGAACCAGCAGUGGUGGAGGUGGGAAUCCUCUCCUCUCUGUCUCUCGCCUCGCUCCUCACCCUACCACAUCGACAAGUGGCCAGGGAGCCGUGGCGGCAGAGAGUGGAUCCUGACGCGAAGGAUCGGCGGGAGAGUGGUCGACGUCCAGCCCUUCCCACCCAUCAAUCACGCCUCAGCCUCCCCCAGCCUCGCAAAACACUCUACUCAUGAACAAAUGACCCACCUCGAAGAAUUACUCUCCCAAUGCUACACCUGCAAAAGACCCCUUGUCACCACCAGCACAACCUUUGCUUCAGAGAACGAGGAUCAGAACCAGCAAACCCAGGCGCACAUCCAGGCUCAAACAUGCGAAGUCUGCGCCCUGGUGUCCUUUUGCAGCAACCUCUGCUUCGCCGCUUGCGUCGAGCACCAGCAUCUCUGCGUGCCCAAACCUUUUGGUUGA